CACUCCAGUCCCACAGGUGGCGCUGCUUGGUGUUUCACACACAAAUACAGCGCGGGAGAGUUUGGCUGAAGUAACUGGAAAUGUUGCGUAUAAAUAUAAAUUAAUGUUCAACACAAACAGACAGGCUUUGAGUUUUCAAAGCUUUUAGAGGAAUAUAAAGUGCUGAAUGAAAUGCACAGACAGACAGCGGGACAUUCAGCGCUGUGAGCAAUAAACGCGUACUUUGUGUGUUAUUACGGACGAAAUGAAGCUGUAAUGGGUGACAGGACUCUACCUGAAUGGAUGAACAACAAACCCCAAGAAGAACACACACCAGGAAGCUAUAAAAAGAAUGUUCUGGAGGAUUAUCUUCCUUGUCUGGAAUUUGGUGGGACAGUCAUAUACAGCCAGGAAAGACACGACUGCUCAUUUUUAUCAGAAGAUUUAAGAUCUGGUCUGGCUUCGGGAUCUGCGGUGGGAUUUGAUCUGGAAUGGCCGCCCAGCUUCACCAAAGGAAAGACAAAGAAAGUGGCUGUAGUGCAGCUGUGUGCAUCAGAGGAGAAGUGCUAUCUGUUUCACAUCUCCUCCAUGUCAGGGUUUCCUCCUGGCCUGAAGGUGUUUCUGGAGGAUGAGAGCAUCAUAAAAGUUGGAGUGGGAAUUGAGGGUGACAAGUGGAAGUUAUUAUCUGAUUAUGACAUCAAAUUGAAGAAUAUUGUUGAGCUCUCUGAUCUGGCCAAUGAGACGCUGAGAUGUUGUGAGAAGUGGAGUUUGGAUGGUCUAGUGAAGCACUUGUUAAAGAAGCAGCUCUUCAAAGACAAACUUGUGCGCUGUAGUCACUGGGACGACUUUGGUCUGACAGAAGACCAAAAGAGAUACGCUGCCACAGAUGCUUAUGCAGGUUUGCUUAUUUAUCAGAAACUACAGAAAAUGAUGUCUGGUUGUUCAGGAUCCUCAGUGCUCGGUUUGAAACAAAGAGUUUAUCAGAUAGCUCGUGAUCUUAAAGUUCUGGCUGAUCAUAUUCCAGAUGAACUGGACUGCACAGACAGUGCUGAGAGACUAGUGGAUGAUCUGUCUCAGACACUUGCAUCUCUAAGAUGCGUUUUGUCGAUUGGCAACAAAACGGCUGAUCGGUCAGUUGAAGAACAGUCAUCCCUAUACCACAACCUCAACAAUACCAAAACUAAGACAUGUCAUGAAGGCGUUUCCACAUCUUCUGAAGAGUGGAGCCACAGUCAUUCUAAGGAAGAGCCUGGCAGACGCAGUCCGAGCGAGGGUGUGAUGUCUCUGGAUAUCUCAGAGUAUGAGCUGCAGAUGCUGGAGCAGCAGGCCAGACAGGAGCAGCUGGAGGAGGAGUGUAUCUUAGCUUUCCAGACUCAGCAGGCAUCAGCCCCCGAGAACUCUCAUGAAACGGAGAGUGAUGAAGAGUUAGAUGAUGAAAUGAUGAAGUGUGCUGAUGACAUAGAAAAAUUAAAUGAUGAACCUGGUCAUGAGAAACAGACAGAUGUCCCACAGUCUGGUGCUGACGAUGAUGAUGAGGAUGUUGAGGAAGAUGAGGAAGAGGUGUCUGAUUCAAGUAUCCCACAACCAGUUCCUGAACAAAUUAAAUGUCUGAAAAUGUACUUUGGACAUCCCAACUUUAAACCGGUUCAGUGGAAAGUGAUUCAGUCCGUUCUCACAGAGAGGAGGGAUAAUCUUGUUGUCAUGGCAACUGGAUAUGGGAAGAGUUUGUGUUUCCAGUUUCCUCCAGUGUACUGCCAGAAAAUCAGUGUGGUCAUUUCCCCUCUCAUCGCCCUCAUGGAGGACCAGGUGCUUCAGCUGCAAAUGUCAAACAUCCCUGCUUGUUUUCUGGGAUCUGCUCAGACCAAAAACCUAUAUGAGGAAGUGAAGAGGGGUCAUUUCCGAGUGGUGUACAUGACACCUGAAUUCUGCUCUGGGAAUAUUCCUCUGCUAGUGCAGCUCGACAGGACUGUUGGUUUAUCACUGGUUGCGAUAGACGAGGCUCAUUGCAUCUCUCAGUGGGGUCAUGAUUUCAGAAGUGCGUAUCGUGACCUGGGGAAACUCAAGCAAAAUCUCCCCGGUGUUGCUAUUUUGGCGCUCACAGCUACUGCGAGUCCGUCUAUCCGUGAGGACAUCGUUAAGAGCCUUCAUCUGAUCAAUCCCAUGAUCACCUGCACCUCGUUCGACAGACCAAACCUCUACCUGGAUGUCAAUCGCAAGUCCGGUGACGUUAUCCAAGACCUCAAACAAUUUCUUGUUAAAAAGAAAGGGGGUGGUUUUGAGUUUGAAGGCUCAGCCAUUGUGUACUGUCCUUCAAAGAAAGAGGCGGAGCGUGUGACAGCGGCGCUGCAUAAGCUGGAAAUCCCAUGUGGAGUUUAUCAUGCAGGUCUGAGCAUCAAACAGAGGAAAGAAACCCAGCACCAGUUCAUGAGAGAUGAGAUUCAGUGUGUGGUGGCCACUGUGGCGUUUGGGAUGGGCAUUAAUAAAUCUGAUAUCAGGAAGGUCAUCCAUUACGGAGCUCCCAAAGAAAUGGAGUCAUACUAUCAGGAGAUCGGGAGGGCUGGUAGAGACGGGCUGCCCAGCGCCUGUCACGUCUUAUGGAUGCCUGGAGAUAUGGCCCUGAAUAGAUUCAUACUCAAUCAGUCCAAAAGUGAGCGCUUCAGAGAUUACAAAAUGGACAUGAUGGCAAAAAUGGAAAAGUAUCUAAAUUCAACCAAAUGCAGACGAAAGUUGAUAUUGUGUCAUUUUGAAGACAAGCGUCUGAGGAAAGUGACGUCUGGAAUUCUGGGUAGCAGUGAGUGUUGUGAUAACUGCAGGACAGGUGUGAACAGAGGCGAUCCAGAGGUGGUCCUAGAGGACUUUGGCUUGUGUGCAUAUCAGCUGAUAAAGGCUGUCAGCACUAUGGACGAGAGGUUUGGCAUCACAGCGCCCAUCCUCUUCCUGCGUGGCUCAAGCUCUCAGCGGGUUCCGGAUCACUUUCGGAAGCACUUUCUUUUUGGUAUCGGCAGGGAAUUCUCAGAAACCUGGUGGAAAGCUCUUGGCAGAGAACUGGUUGCUGAAAAAUAUCUGAUGGAAGCCACAGGCCACAACAAAUUCAGCACUCUCUGUAAACUUACACCCAAGGGCAGAUCAUGGCUGAGUAAAGCUGAAGAUGAGAGGAACAGGCAACUCCUGCUGCAGCCCAACAGGGAUCUGUUCAGCAGAGUGUGUGUACCGCGGAGAAAAGCAGAUCCAGCACAUGUUGAGUCUACUGCUUUUAACCUGCAGUCAGAUUACACUCGGCCCUCUUUUGUUUCUUUUCAGAGGCCAAAGGUCAGUUCUACAGUUGACACCCCUCAGAUGGUGGAGAAAGGAGGUUUACCCUCAAGAUCAGCUGCCAGACCAACCCAGAUUCACACGGCUGUCAGAGCCCAAACUCCAGCGGUCUCUGCUAGAGAAAUCCAGCUACAGUCUGAACUGUAUGGUAAGCUGGUGUCUGAGCGUCAGAAGUUAGCUAGUCUCAGAGACAUCCCACCAGCUCUACUGGCUACCAAUAAAAUCCUGUUGGACAUGGCAAAAUUAAGGCCGUGCACAACAUCCAGCUUAAAACAGGUGGAUGGUGUUUCAGAAGCCAAAGCAGCCAUGUUAACACCUCUGAUUGAUGUCAUCGUCAGAUUCUGUCAGGCACACAGCUUACAGGUGGAUGUUUCCUCCAGCGCUGCUCCACCUGUCCAAACAGCCGGCGUAGGUUCUGUGUGUCAGUCUCUGCCGGAUAGUGUCUCUGUCACUUAUAGACUGUUCCAGAUGGAGUACAAGAGCAUGAGGCAAGUAGCAGACGCUCGGUCUCUGCCCAUGGCAGUGGUGGAGUCUCAUCUGCUGCAGGCGCAGAAGAUGGGCUGUGCUGUGGACACGGACAGAGCUGGACUCUCAGCAUCUGUCUAUAACAUCAUCAGAAAAAACAUCGCCUCUCCUCCAGCCAGCUCAGAUCUGAGUGAUUUUAAAGCAAUCCGCUCUCGUGUUCCUGAAGAUAUCAGUAACUUCCUGCUCAGGCUGGCGGUUUAUGAACUCCAAAGAGAAGCACAUCAUGACAUCAGCUGGAUAGAGCCGCUGGAUAAAUCAGCGACUGCAGACAGACCUGGUGUUAAACAUGUGUUUGAAAAGUCACAGCUCGAUUCAGAUGUCAUGGACACGAGUGAAGAUGAGCUCUUCAUCAGUAUUCCCAUGCCGCAGGAUGAUCACUGCUUGGGCAAAGAUGUCCGUCUGACGUCAUGUGACCCUGGUCCUCAGAGCAGUGGAAUGGUUCUGGCCUCCUGGAACCAGGACAACCUGGAUAAGGACACGCAAGAUCUCUUCAGCGAUUCACCUGUGAAGACUGCGAGUCAGCCUACGAAGAGAAAACUACCGGAUUGGGCUGAACGACCAAACGCCACAGUAACUGCUGCUACUGAGAAGAAAACCAAAAAGAAGAAAGGACUUUUUGGUUGACACUCUUGGGUCUUACUAAGCUGUUUAAUGUACAUUUUGAUAUUUUGUACAAGAUUUUUUUUUUUUUUUUUUUUUUAUAAAUGCCUCUGAAUACUGAUAUAAUCUAGUUCUACGAGAGUGUUUUCUCAUUAUUUGUCUGCAUUUGUUGUCAAGGCUACUGUUGUUAGUGAAGGGGAUCAACAGCUUGAACUCCUCUAGGUGUUUUUCAGAAUUCUCACAGGUCCACACAAUAGUCAGGGACUCUUUCUUGAUUUGUGCAUAUCAUGUUUCUGAUUCCAUGAGUGGCCUAGAGCUGAACGCUACUGGCUUCCACCUGUCGUUGUGGAAACACUCCUCCCAGAAUUCCCGCCAACUCCCAGACCUCAAAAAACAGGGAGUUUUACCAACUGUUGUCGGGACUUUAUUUCAUUAAUUUGUUCAUUCCUGGGCAUAAAUAUUAAGUAAAUAAUUAAAGAACUGACCAGAAAUUAUACGAUUUUUGAAAGUUGAGAUUGCCAAGUUAUUGCCAGUUGUUUAUUGUCAAGGAGUAAAUUGGUUUGUUAAAACAAACAAAAAUGUACAGAUAAAAAAAACAAAAAAAACACCUGUAGUUAAUACACUACUGAUGCAAUUUCAGUUAAAUGUUUCACUGCUCCCUGUGAAGCAGUGAUUUUGCAUUUGACUUAUGCUUCCUGUUAUUGAUGCAGCACAUUCACAGAGCAGCAUGUGUGUGUCAGCCCUGUAAAAUUCAGUUUACUAAACAGGAGUAAAGUGCAGGCUUUUAUUGUCCGUUCUGUGUCUGUCUUCUGCCACAAUUUUCCCCACCAUAUUAAAUACUUCCAUUCACAAGUUGCUUUCCAAAACCUUUCCAAACUUUCCCCAUCAUCAUCAUCAUCCCCAAAACCUGUCAGUUUUGCUCUGGUAGGACAUUCAACUGAUGCUCCUGAGCACUUCUCUAAGUCUGUCUAUGUCUAACAUUUGGAACAGGUUUAGCACAACAGUAAAUGAUUUUGUGCCCUUAACCAGUGUAAAUCAUUGUUUUGUAUAAAAAUGUAACAAAAACAAUCAAAUAAUUAAAGAGAUGUAACUGUA